AUGCUGUCGCAGCUCUUGCUCGUUCUUGUUUCUGCCACGACGCUGGUGUGCGGCCAGUGGGCCGUCACCAUCGUCCCUAGCACGGUCCCUCUGUCCACCCGACAGUCCUGGUGCUCCUCCCAAACCUCAUCGUGCCCACUUCUCUGCCUGCAAAUGCCCGGCGUCUCGUCAGCUCCGCUGGCCAACAACUGCUCUGCUCAAACUCUCUCCUACUCCUGCAUCUGCAGCAACAACCUCUCCCCCAACGCAUCGCAGUACUCCGAGACGAUUCCCUACUUCGUCUGCACCGAGCAUAACAACCAGUGCGUGGAUGCCUGCGCCUCCGGUGACUCCACCUGCCAGUCCGACUGCCGGACUCAGAACCCGUGUGGUGCGCAGAAUCCAACUCGUGUCAACGUCACUACUACUACUACUGCCACAACCCAUGCUACUAGCGCCUCCUCGGCCUUCGUGACCAAUACCUUGGUGGGCAGUGCUACUGGUGCUGCGCCCAAGCUGGUUUCAGUGGAGAUGGGCCAUGUUUAUGGGCUUUGUGUUUUGGUUGCUGGAUUUAUUGCUGGAUUUGCGGCUCUUUUGUGA